AUUGAGAAAAAAUGGCCCACAGUAGUGAAAAGGCGGGGCUAUGCAGAUUAAACUGUGACGUGUUCAGUUUUUUUGAUUGACAGUGACAACAGCCUAUCAGUAGCAGGCGCUGUGAGCGUACGGAACUAGUGGUUUAAUAAUGGCGGCGCCCUUAAAUCAGCCACUAGGACCUCAAAAUCCCGGGGCCGGCGGCGCCCCAGGACCCCAACUUGGACCAGGAGGAAACCAACAGCAACAGCUCGGACUCGCCCAGCAACAACAAGACUUCGAUCCGGUCCAGAGAUACAGGAUGCUGAUCCCGCAGCUUAAAGAAAGCCUGCAGAAUCUCAUGAAAAUUGCAGCUCUGAAUCUGGCCCAAAACACGAAUAUUGAUAAUGGACAGAAGAUUGGCGAUGGCAGCGUUCAGCGGUUUGAUAAGAGUCUGGAGGAAUUCUAUGCCCUGUGCGACCAACUGGAGCUGUGCUUGCGCCUCGCCUACGAGUGCCUCUCGCAGAGUUACGACAGCGCCAAGCACUCGCCUACCCUGGUGCCCACAGCCACCAAACCAGAUGCCGUGCAGACGGAGAGCCUGCCCUACUCCCAGUAUCUCAGCAUGAUCAAGUCUCAGAUAUCAUGUGCCAAGGACAUACAUAACGCUCUGCUGGAGUGUUCCAAAAAGAUCAUGGGUAAGACCCCAACUACACAGGGCGUCUUGUGACCCUCGCCCAGGACUAAGCUACGCACCACCGGGAUCGUCUGUGCCCGACCAACAAAGACUGUAAGGCGUCACCGGUGCCAAGACGUGGCUUUCUUUACCCGUUACCAAUGGCCUUUUCUUAAGAAUACCUACAUGGUGAUAACCACGCUCUCCACGGAAGAUGCCCACCUUCUCGGAGGGACUCUACUUUAUAAGUUUAGACCCCCACCUUAUGCCGGGUGAACUGGCGGGAAUCUUCAUUUGGUUUAACAAACAAAUCACAAACCAUUUCUAACCUCCUUUUAGUUUCCCAAUUCUUUCACAAUCUCUGCUUGCUUUGAAUGAAUGUCGCUAUUCCUGUCCACAGGUUGUGUCUGGUAUUGCAGUUCAGCCCUAUUGAAGUGAAUGGUGCUGAGCUGCAGUACUACACACAACCUGUGGACAGGAGUGGUGCUGCUUUUGCAAAAUAAGCAGCGUUUUUCUAAUACUGGACGACCCCCUAAUAUUUGGAUGCUGAGAAUUUAGCUCCUUUUGCCAUCAGUUAUGGCUCAUGAUAUUUCGGAUGCACAUGUACACUCAAUUUGCCCAAAAUUGUGCAUGAUUUUCAAAAUGGAGAAAGCAGCUGCCGGCAGAAGUAAUGAGGCCUCCCCCAUACACAUUAGAUGGUUAAAGGGGUACUCCGGUGGAAAACCUUUUAAAUCAACUGGCGCCAG